GGCCUCGUUCCAUCUCUGUUCCCCGUCUCUUCCUCCGUCUCCUAAUUUUGGGAAGGCCACACCGCGAGACCUGUAUCCCCAUGAAUCCAUGAGAGAAAGGCGGAGGAGAUCAGGCGACGUACGCGCGUGGGGGUCUCCUCCUGCACGCUCUCAGCUGAACCGCGCCGUGCUCCCCUUGGCGCGCAAUGGCUCGACGACGGCGGCCCCUGCUGCCGCCACCGCCGCAGCUCGUCUGGUUGGCCGUCCUCUUCUCUGCGGUGGCGCCUGCGGUCGCCAAGACCGACAAGUCUGACGUUGCUGCACUCAAUGUGAUGUUCGAUAGUAUGAACAAGCCAUCGCAAUUGUCCGGCUGGAAAUCGAGCGGCGGUGAUCCCUGCGGUGAUGAUGAAGAGUGGAAGGGGAUAGAAUGCAGCGGCUCAUCUGUCACAGAAAUUAACUUGUCAGGGCUUGGACUAAGCGGCUCGCUAGGAUAUCAGCUAUCAAGCUUGAAAUCAGUAACCAAAUUUGAUGUCAGCAAUAACAAUCUCAAGGGGGAUCUCCCAUACCAGCUUCCACCAAACGUGGUUCAAUUAAAUCUUUACGGAAACUCAUUUACCGGAGGAGUUCCUUAUUCAAUAUCUCAGAUGGAAGAUCUGGAAACACUAAAUGUGGGCAAGAACCACCUAAGUGGGCAGUUGACAGAUAUGUUUUCACAACUUUCAAAGCUCUCAACAUUGGAUCUCUCCUUCAACCGCUUCUCAGGCAGCCUGCCCCAGAGUUUUCAGCACCUAAAAGACCUUAAGACGCUGAAUUUGGAGAGCAACCAAUUCAGUGGUCACAUAGAUGUUCUAGGCAAACUUCCUCUCGAAGAUCUGAAUCUGCAGAACAACAAGUUUACUGGGUGGAUCCCAAGUAAACUAAAAGACAUUAGUAAUCUACAGAUUGGAGGGAACCAGUGGUCAUCCGGAUCAGCUCCUCCUGGUAUGGAGAAGGGCUCUGCAGUGGGAGGCUCUUCAGGUGGAGGGGGUGGAGGUGGAAUAAACGGUAUCGUCAUCGCAGCGAUUGUGAUAGCAGUGCUUCUUGCGGCUCUGAUUCUCUUGUCUGUGUUGAAGAGGAACCAUACCUCUUCUGCCUCAUCUCAUUACAUCAUGGACGACUCAGGUCACAACCGGUCAUUUACCCCGCUAGUUGAUGAUGGUAAAGCGAUCAACAUGAAGCCACUGGAGCAUUCCUCGUCAAUAAGCAGUAGGACACCAUCUGCAAUGCCUAGCAAGUCAAUUAGUGACAAUGAGUUCGAGAACAAACUAAACUAUUCAAGGCGGACCACAGAUCCAAUCAACCUUGUUACUUAUUCAUCAUCAGACCUUCAAGCAGCCACUGGCAGCUUCCAUAGUAGCAGGUUACUAGGUCAGGGGACAAUUGGUGGCGUUUUCAAGGCAAAAUAUGCUGAUGGAAGGGUGCUGGCCGUUAAGAAGUUUGAUCCAUUGAGCUUCUCAGGAAGCAGUGACUUCAUGGAUCUUGUGAACAGCAUUUCCAAGCUGCGCCAUCCAAACAUCUCUGAGCUUGUUGGUUACUGCUCAGAGCCUGGGCACUACAUGCUGGUCUAUGACUACAACAUGAAUGGAUCCCUGUAUGACUUCCUGCACUUGUCCGACGACUACAGCAAGCCGCUGACCUGGGACACCCGCGUAAGGAUUGCUGUUGGUACAGCUUGUGCUCUGGAGUACCUACAUGACGUGUGUUCACCUCCAAUGAUCCACAAGAACAUUAAGGCAUCGAACGUCUUGCUUGAUGCUGACCUCAACCCUCGCCUCACUGACUGCGGCCUUGCAUACUUCUAUGAGGAUACGAGUCAGAGCCUGGGACCAGGGUACGACCCUCCAGAGUGCACAAGCUCAUCAGGUUACGUUAUGAAGAGCGAUGUCUACUGCUUUGGUGUUGUCAUGCUUCAGCUAUUGACCGGUCAGAAGCCCUAUGACAGCUCGAAGCCUAGAGCGGAGCAGUCCUUGGUCAAGUUUGUCACUCCUCAGCUUCAUGACAUCAACGCCUUGGAAGCUCUGGCAGAUCCAGCUUUGCGUGGCCUAUAUCCACCGAAAGCAUUGUCGCGUUUCGCCGAUGUCCUUGCUCGCUGCGUCCAGUCCGACCCAGAAUUCCGGCCAUCCAUGUCAGAGGUGGUGCAGUCGCUCCUCCAAUGCGUCCAGCGCAGCACCAGCAACAGGAGGCUGGGCGGCCUCCGCAGCGUCUCACAACGAAGCGACGAUUCGGAUUGGUGAUGCUUCUGCUUCUGCUUCUGCGUCCAUCUUGCCGCUGCCCAGUUGCCGAAACUGUAACAGAACCCAAGGUGUGCCUCACUUGUGACGCCAUUGUACAAAAGGAAAGGCUUUAUUAGACAAUCUGGUUGCUCAAACAGUGUGGCAACAAACAAGUCGGUUAAUUUAGGUAAGGUAAAAAUAGAGUGGGUGUUCUAGUGAGUAGUGACAUUGUAAUUGUACUUAAUUCUGUUCAAAUUUUGUUCAUAUAAGCUAAAAACGUGUGGGCACCUA